AUGACCCACUGGUCAUACUCAUUGUCUUGUCGAGUUCUGCAAGAAGUGAAAAGACUAGUGGAAUUGUUCAAGAACGAGGAGAUCAGCAUCACUGCGACUGGCCACAGCUUGGGUGUGGCGAUCGCGAUGCUGAAUGCGAUCGACAUCGUUGCCAAUGGACUGAACCGGCCUAGAGAUCAAAGAAGCAGGCCUUGUCCUGUCACGGCUAUAGUCUUUGCCAGCCCCAAAGUCGGCGACUCCAACUUCCAGAAAGUGUUCUCCGAGGUGGAGUUGGGUAUCGACACUCGAGAAUCUCAGUACUUGAAGAGCCCCUGGAGCACGAUGAGUUGGCACAACUUGGAGUGCUACUUGCACGGGGUCGCUGGGACGCAGGGAUCUCAAGGAGGGUUCAAGCUAGAGAUCGACCGUGACAUCUCCCUCGUAAACAAGAGAAUCAAUGCUUUGAAGGACGAGUAUCUCGUGCCGGUCUCUUGGCGGUGCAAGAAGAACAAGGGCAUGCAUCAGCAGGAAAACGGGUCCUGGAAGUUGAUGGACCAUGAAGAGGAUGGCGAUGUUACUUCAAUGUAUCAAAGCUAA